AUGGCCUCUUCAAUCCUUGAUGGGUUUGCCCCGAGCUCCCUGACAACUACCGUGGCCAUCCUGGUUACCACAUGGCUCCUCUAUCUGAUGUCACUUGCUCUGAACCGGCUGUAUCUGUCGCCACUCGCAAAGUUUCCUGGGCCAAAGGCUGCCGCCCUCUCACGAUGGUACGAGCUCUAUUACGAGGUCGUCCUGAAAGGCCAGUACUCGAGGAGGAUAGAUGAGAUGCACCAGCAAUAUGGCCCUAUUGUUCGAGUCGCCCCGGAUGAGCUCCAUAUCAAGGACAGCGACUUUUUUGACGAACUAUAUGUCAAAGUCCCACGGGUAGACAAGCACGACUGGGCAGCUGGGAGGUUCGGGAAUCAUGGCUCUAUCAUCACUACCGCAGACUACGCUCUACAUCGUCGUCGUCGUGCAGCCCUCAAUCCCUUCUUCUCUAAACGGUCAAUCAUGGACUUCCAACCAGUGAUUCGACAGAAGGUUGAGCAACUAAGCAGGACACUCCGUGAGUAUAAAGCAAAAGGCGAUCCAGUGGUUUUGAGCGAGGCAUUUCCAGCCUUUGCCGGCGACAUUAUCACAGAAUACUCGUUUGGAAUCUGCUACGACCAUUUGGGUUCUCCGGAUUUUUCAGAAUCUUUCCAUGCCGCAUUCAUGGCUGUCGGCGAGUUCGGCCAUGUCGCAGUCCAAUUCCCUUGGUUUCACCCACUCUUGAAUUCACUUCCGGAUAGCCUUGUUCGCAAAAUGCAACCAGCUCUAGGGUCUCUCCUGCAGCUUCAGACGGAUCUACGAAAUAUGAUCAAGCGACUGACCGAAGGGGACGAACUUGGGGAGGGAAAGGUUUCUCAUCGCACUAUAUUUCAUGACCUGCUUCAAAGUGCCCUCCCACCCGAGGACAAGGGAAACCGCCGCAUGGCAGACGAGGCCCAAACCGUUAUUGGAGGCGGCCUCGAGACGACUGCGUGGGCGUUGAGCGUGGCGUCGUUCCACAUUGUGAACACCCCUCGAAUUUACAAGCGACUACACGGGGAGCUUGCCCAAGUGAUGCCCGACACAUCCUCCAUUCCAGAUCUAUUAGAGGUCGAAAAGUUGCCCUACCUUCGAGCCUGUAUCACAGAAGCAGUCCGCCUUUCGUAUGGCAUCUCUGCACGGAAUCCUCGAGUGCUCAACCAAUCCCUCCAAUACAAGCAGUGGACCAUACCUCCACGAACCGUUGUCGGCAUGUCGAUUGUGGAUGUCCAUCACGACGAGAAUAUCUUCCCCGACUCCCGUUCAUAUAUUCCAGAACGAUGGCUGGGGAAUCCCAAGGCACCUAACGGGUCUCCACUUGAUCGUUACUUUGUUGGAUUUGGGAAAGGGAGCAGGAGCUGCCUCGGGAUCAAUCUGGCGUAUGCUGAACUAUUCCUUCUCAUGGCGGCUCUUUUCCGACGGUUUCGCUUUGAACUGUUCGAGACUGACAAGUCGGAUGUCGAGUUGAAGCAUGAUUUCUUCCUGCCGAGUCCAAAGCUGGAUUCCAAGGGCGUGCGGGUCAAGGUUGUUGAGCUCUAUGAGUGA